GCGCGCAGGCGCGGGAAGGGGGAAGGUUUAGGUCCGGUCUGGCUUGUCCGAGCUGCCGACCCAAAGGAGUGGCCGCCGCUGCUUGAAUAUCCACCUUUCUGUUUUGGGGCCAUCAAGAGUUUUCAUUCAUCAUGGAUAAUCUGUCUUCAGAAGAAAUUCAGCUGAGGGCUCACCAGGUUACUGAUGAGUCUCUGGAAAGCACAAGGAGGAUCCUGGGUUUAGCCAUUGAGUCUCAGGAUGCAGGAAUCAAGACUAUUACUAUGCUGGAUGAACAAGGAGAACAACUAGACCGUAUAGAAGAAGGCAUGGACCAAAUAAAUAAAGACAUGCGGGAGGCAGAGAAGACUCUAACAGAACUCAACAAGUGCUGUGGCCUGUGUGUCUGCCCAUGUAAUAGGACGAAGAACUUUGAAUCUGGUAAGGCCUAUAAGGCAACAUGGGGAGAUGGAGACAACUCACCUAACAAUGUAGUGUCUAAGCAACCAGGCCGGGUGACGAAUGGCCAGCCUCAGCAAGCAGGCUCAGGAGCCGCAGGAGGUGGAUACAUUAAACGUAUAACUAAUGAUGCCAGAGAAGAUGAAAUGGAGGAAAACUUGACUCAGGUGGGCAGUAUCUUGGGAAAUCUGAAAAACAUGGCCUUGGACAUGGGCAAUGAGAUUGAGUCUCAAAAUCGACAGAUAGACCGGAUCACAGAAAAGGCUGACACCAACAAAGAUCGUAUUGAUGUUGCCAAUGCCAGAGCAAAGAAACUCAUUGACAGCUAAAGCUAUUGCUGUACUUUAUCAUUUAUUUACUUCCUUAGCUUCUCAACUACAGAAUCAUUACAUUUUCAGAGUUUGAAAUUUUGGUCACACAAUCUUCUAGUUGGGAGAGAAUGUGGAAGACAGGCCAGAGGCGUGAAAGCCCCUGAUUUUUCCUUUUCCUUUGAGGGCAGACCGUGCUGCUCGGCCUGCCGUCUGGUAUUCUUCCUCUUUAGCUCCUCCUCUGAGAUUGAUUUUCCUACUUCACACAUUGUGUUGUUUUUCCUUUUCCUUGCUUGCUCUAGCAGGCUCUUUUGCUUUCGAGAUUUGAAAGCAUUGCCAAAGAUAGUCACAAAGAAGGAAGCUGUAGAUAUUUUUUUUAAUGUGUGUGGGAAGGGGAGUAGAGAGAUAGGUUGUUACCUCGAUAAAAUUCUGCAGGCUUUAAAUCAGGCAAUUACACAACUGUAGUCAAGGUCUAAUUGGGUUUAGUUUUUAAUUCUAGUUGCCUUUAUUGCAAAUUUAGGCUAAAGUCUGGUUUUGGAGUUUUGUAUACAAUAUUUUUGUAAUCCCAACUUUGCGAACUCUACUCCUAAAAGAGGAACAGACUGAAUUUUGUUGUAGCGAGCCAAUUUCUGAACUUAGUGAUUGAUAGAUGUAUAUAGAUUCUGUGGUCCCCUUUCAUAUUACACUAUUCAGGAAUACUUUGUAUAAACAAAUGAUUUUUUAUUUUCGUAUUCUUAGAGUAUCAUGGUCCCUUUAGAGGCCUUUAAUUUGUUUUCUUUGAAGAAAAAAAUGUAAAUAUGUGUGUGUAACAUGAGAAAUCUCUAAAACAGGGCUUUUUUUUUUUAAGUUUGACAAAGUAUAUCAAGUGAAUUCAGAUUUACCUCAAUACCAAGAAUUAUGUUUAGAUAGGAAAAAAAGGAACUUAUUUUGAUCUCAGGUAGAAAAAUUUUGCUUUGAGUUUUACAUAGCUUAGACUUUUUUUUUUACUAGCGCAUAUUCUGUUUAACUAAAAGUGAUCUGUUGGAAAAUUAUGCCUUUGGUUUAAUUAUUGAUGAUUGUAUCAUUCUCUUAGUCUUGUAUAUUCUCUUAGCUUAAGCCAGUAAAAAAAAUUGCCUCCAGAAUCCCAUUAUUUAAAUCCUGAGAAGUGUUAUGAGAAUCAGAUUCAUAUUUGUUACUUUUAUUUAAAAACUACCAUCUGUAUACUUCAAGGCUAUUCAUGUGGAUUGGUUUGGCCAAUAACCAACUAUUUGAUAUUUACAAUUAAAAUUUGUAACUAACCAAUGGAAUUGUUCUUCUAAAUAGGUAACUUUUUUGUGUGUGACUAUUAUUUUGAGGGCAGGAAUUUAGUCAGAUUUUAACAAAUUUAAUAAAGCAAAGGUCUAUAAAUCAUGAAACAUA